AUGGUGUCGGCGUCUUCGCCACAGCGCGACUGCGGCUCACCGCUCCCGCCGCCAACACCACCGCUGCCUGGACCGCACGACGUCGAUGUCCCGGCCACCGGCGCCCUCCAGGCCUUGCGGCAGGCAGUCCAGGUGCAGGAGGCACAUGUCCGUCUCCUGCGUAUGCGCAAGACGGCGAGAGAGGCGCUACUGCGCCACGUUCAGCAACUGCUGGCAAUGGGCAACUCGAUCGAGCCGCACGGUGUAGUGGAGAACCUCGUUCAGCAAGCUGAGGCGAGUCUCCAGAGGCUUCAAGAGGUAAAUAGAGAGGCUGACGCUCCGGCGCCGACCGUGGGAGGCGAUGUGACACCGACUUGCGCACCGUCACUGACACCCCAAGAUGCAGCUGGCGCAGCCGAUGUUAGCGCAGAUCCACUGGCUCGCAUCUUCCACAGCGAUGUUGAGAUGCAGCUGGCAGCAGCUGCUGAGCCACCGCACGUCCCUCCGGCGUCGAUACUCAGAUCGUGUGCAUCAGCGGGAAAGAAAAAAAGCCGACGGACGAAGAAAGAGGCUAACGAAUUCGGCUUCACAGGCCCUGCGCGCGCCACCUCCCCUCCACGAAGUGUCUCGUUGCCGCCGAGAAGCGCUACGACGGCCGCCCUUCUCGCCCUUGCCGCAUCGCGGCAGGACGCAGGCCACGCCGCGAUGCUCGCUGCCCUUAGUACCCUCGAUCUUUCUCCCACAAUCAACAGCGGCGGCAACGAAUUGAGCUGCACGACUGAGGCAGGCCGUGGUGCCCAUAACGCGAAGCCACCCUGGCUGCGUCAAGAGGAAGGUGACGGUGCCAGCAAUGACGAUGCAGCGCUCGAAGAGCAGCACCAGGGGGCGGAUGGAGGCCUCUGCGAUAGCGUGGCCACCGAUUACACUGACGACUUUGAGUGUCGCAGCAGCAGCACCAGCAGCAGCAGCAGCGGUGCUGUUUAUGGUGAGAAAACGACAACGGAGUGGCCGAGUUGA